GGCUGUUACGUCACGCAGCAAAGUUUCAACAGAACCAAGAUGGCGGAAGACAGCGGACCGAGGAAUCGGCAUUUCUCAGCAAAGAACCACAAGUGCCACAACUUUGAUGAAGAUAUGACCGGUGUUGAAGAUGUACCAUUGUGCCGGCCGGUUGAGGCGUUGAGCUCAUUGGAGGAGUUCAGCUCUGACACUUAUGGUGCGGCACCAUGUGCUGUAGCAGAAGAGCUUGAGCCAGAGGAGGACCCGGUACCAGAGGGGGCUCGACCCAUUCAAAUUGUGAUCGCUAACGAGGACGAUCAUAAGUUUGAGUUGGAUGCUGUUGCUUUGGAAAAAAUCCUGAUGCAGGAACAUGUCAAGGAUCUCAACGUGGUUGUGGUGUCUGUGGCCGGUGCCUUCCGCAAGGGAAAGUCCUUCCUGCUGGAUUUCAUGCUACGUUACAUGCACAAUCAGUCAUCUGAGUCAUGGAUGGGAGGAGAUGAUGAGCCGUUGACUGGUUUCUCCUGGAGGGGAGGCUGUGAGAGAGAGACCACAGGAAUCCAGGCCUGGAGUGAGGUGUUUGUUGUGGAAAAGGAAGAUGGAACUAAGGUGGCUGUGCUGCUGGUGGACACUCAGGGAGCCUUUGACAGUCAGUCCACCAUCAAAGACUGUGCCACUGUUUUUGCUCUAAGCACCAUGACCAGCUCUGUGCAGGUUUAUAAUCUUUCUCAGAAUAUCCAAGAAGAUGAUUUGCAGCAUCUCCAGCUUUUCACAGAAUACGGUCGACUUGCAAUGGAGGAGAUCUAUGAGAAACCAUUUCAGAAACUAUUGUUUCUGAUCAGAGACUGGUGUUUCCCUUACGAGCAUAACUAUGGGCUCAAAGGAGGGAAUCACUUCUUGGAGAGGAGACUACAGGUGAAGCAGAAUCAACACGAAGAGCUGCAGAAUGUUAGGAAGCAUAUUCACAGCUGUUUCUCCAGCAUAGACUGCUUUCUGCUGCCACAUCCAGGUCUGAAGGUGGCCACCAACCCUCACUUUGAUGGCAGACUGAAAGACAUUGAUGAUGCGUUUAAGGAGGAGCUGCAGAAUCUAGUGCCUUUACUGCUGGCACCAGAAAACUUGGUAGAGAAAGAGAUCAGUGGAGCUAAAGUCACAUGCAGAGACCUGCUGGAGUACUUCAAGGCGUAUAUCAAAAUCUAUCAAGGGGAAGAGCUUCCACAUCCUAAAUCCAUGGUGCAGGCAACUGCUGAAGCGAACAACUUGACAGCUGUCGCUGGAGCGAAAGACACUUAUAACAGAGCCAUGGAGCAGGUAUGUGGAGGAGACAAACCAUACAUCGCCCCAGUUGACCUCCAGCGCUAUCACGAAGAGUUUAAGAAAACCUCCGUUGAGAAGUUUUGUGCUGUGAAGAAAAUGGGCGGUGUGGAGUUCUGUCAGCGCUACCAGCAGCAGUUAGAGGCGGAGCUGGAUGAAGCGUACACAAAUUUUGUGAAACACAAUGAAAGCAAGAACAUUUUCUAUGCGGCGAGAACUCCGGCCACUCUGUUUGCUGUCAUGUUUGUCACCUACAUGGUCUCCACUGUAACAGGUUUCAUUGGUUUAUCAGUAAUCGCGGCUCUGGCCAGUCUUGUGAUGGGUGUGGCUCUGCUCUCGUUGUGUGCCUGGGCGUAUGUCAGAUACUCAGGAGAGUAUCGGGAAGUGGGCGUGGCUAUAGACCUCAUAGCAGAGGCCCUGUGGGAACAGGUGCUGAAGCCACUUACUGAGCAAUACAUGGAAGAAAAUGUCCGACAGACUGUUGUGAACUCUAUAAGAGCCACGCUUACAGAUCAGGUGACACAAGCUACGAAGUUGAAGACCAACUGACAGUUUGCUGUGCCUUAUCUGCCUAGUGUUUGAACAAUCUGCUUUUAUGUUGUGUAGUUUUUUUUGUUGAUGUUUGGUCAUGUAGACUCUAACCAAAGUUUACAGCAUAAUUUACCCUGACCAAUAUCCACACCACCAAUAUGACGCUGUUAACGGCAAGGAACAUCAUUACAAAUGUUUAUCAAUUCAGGUUUAAGUCAGCAGAUAUACAUGCAGCUUUGGAUUUCUCUUGGUUUGAGGGAUUAUCAGGGAAGCACUACAACUGUUUUAUAAUCUGAAAGGUAAUUUAAAAACUAGAUGUUAAAUCCCUUAUAUGCUUAACGGUUUAAUUACUGCUCUCAGUGGAUGAACUGUAGCAUUUUCAAUUUAGCCUUCUACCACAUCCAGUUACUCCGUGUGAAAACAUACCAGCUUUUUUGCUGGGGUUUUUUUUUUUUUGUGAGAUUUUUAGUGCUUUUAAGGAAUGCUGAAGUUGUAAAUCCAUCCAAGUCACUGCUCUACUGGGCCUCUUUCUGUACAGUGUCGUUUUAGACUGUAUCAUAGCCUCAUGCAUGUAAAUGAGUAUGAAUAUCAGCUGUAGAUCAUCAGAGGAUGUUUCGAGAUGUGUAUGAAUGUGAUCUAUUUGCCUUUUGUUGUACUUCUCUAAGAUCAGAGCCCCUUUCAUUUGUGUCUUCUGACCUAUUGGAGUGCUCAUGAGAUGACUUGAUUUGUCAGUCUUUUAAGGUUAUGCCAUUUAAUUUAUUUUUUAAACAAUUAAAAUAUUUAAAAUUGCUGUGUCUGAC